AUGCGAAAUACCGGAUCCAAAACACGAGCAGGUAAGGAUAGUCCUGUUAAGACGAAGGCGGGUAAGAAUGAGCCGGAGUCGAAGAAGGAUAAAGGUAAGGGUAAGGGUAAGGCCAAAAGCGAGCCUACAAAGGAGGACAAGCCUGCAUCAGCGUACUUCAACCCACCGUACAAUUCUCGUACGCGUAAAGGGAGGGAACAGUUGAAAGAAUACAUGAAAGAGGUCGCCGAAGAUACUAGUAGUAUCAAGCGAGAACGAGUCAAGAAGAAAGAUCUUGAGGUCAAAGAGGAAGACACCAGUAAGGGUGAGAGUGAUCAAGAAGAAGGUGAAGAGGUCAACGCGAGUCAUAAGAGGAAUGCUUCUCUUAUAACAGUGUCUCCUAGCAAAGGCCGUGAUAGGAAGAAGCCUGCUAAGAAGCCUAGUGCUAAAUAA